GUAUUGUACCAGCCCAGAUCCGGAAGAGAAACAACUGACCAGAACGGAAGAAAAGCGGUAGUGAGCGCCUGAGCAACAAACCCGACAGAGUGGCGACGUCUCUUUCGCCGCCAUCCAGCCACCGUGCCCCGCCUCCAGGUCCAGGAGACCGUCCAGGCCCUCUGCGGCUCUGCCUCACCGGCGCUGCGUCUCUGCGGUUCGCCAGCCAUCCAGGCCCUCAGCCCCUCUGCGGGUCGCCGGAAGCUCUGCGCCCCUGGACCUCUUUCAGUCUGCCCCUCACAGCCUCACUGUUUCACUGCCUUGUUAUUCGUUACUAGUCUGUUUGGAACUUAAGGAGGAUCGUAUGUUAGAGAAAGAACACGACAAAAGUUGAGAGACGGUUCUGAAGGAAAGAAAAUAUUGCAGAAUGUGUUCCUGCAGGUAUCUAGAAUUGCAAGAUCAGAAGAUGGAGGAGAAUUUUGGCAAGUCACGCAAAAAGAAAGCCGCUGUCCAAAAAACUUGCUCCCCCCAAACUCAAGGGGACACUUUGAAAAGGAUGCAAGUAGCGCAGAAGGCUUCUUCUUCCAUAAGAGGUCAUGCAAUGGAUGCAUCUACUCCUGCAGACGACUAUCGGGCAUUGAGGAAAAAAUAUUUGCUCCUUGAAGAGGAAAGUUUUACACUUGGGAAAGAGUUAAUGGAAGUUGAAGAUGACAUCAAAGUUCUUGAAGAGGAGAAGUUGGGACUUCUAGAUGAGCUUGUUGUGUUAGAAGGGUUAGUUGACCCUUCAGAAAUUCAACCCCAAAGCCAAAGAUUACAAUAAACUGGCUUUCAAUACCCAUAUGGCCCAUAUGAUGAUCAGUAUGAUAGUGAUGUACAAUUGCACAACACUAAUUGCUGUAGAAAUGGUCGCAGGACAUUAGAAUUUCCUCAUUCUAAAAUCAUGCUAUGGAUGUACAUAUUCUUCAGUGCACAAAUAUUAAUACUAGUAUUUAUGUAAAUGAGCCUAAAUGAGGGAUUAUGCAUGUACUAUUUAGUAAGCAUGUCGAGUCUAAAGAAGCAAGUCAGUAAAUAUUUAAACAUUA